UGCAAGAGAGGACGCACACAGAGACAGUCCGGAACCUGAUCAACAAACUCAAAUCGUUUGCCAGACUACACACACCGUUAGCACAGGAUAAGCUUCUGGAAGGGUUGAUAUAUGAACUUGAUUUGAAGACAGAGAUUGACAGAUUACAGGAAUAUCGCUCCAACGGGAUAAAAAACAUGAUAGGUGCCAGGCUGUAUGACAGACUAAAAAUCAAACGAGCCAAACGGGAGAAGAGACACCACCUGGAUGACGUGUUGGCAACAAGCCAAGAUCCCAUUGCCUGCAAGCAGUGGCUCUUGCGCCAAGCCCUCGU